CCAUAGUCAUGUGAUUAAAUUUGCAGGCACAAUACUAUGGUCCGAUUACAAUUGGAACUCCACCCCAGAACUUCAAGGUGGUCUUUGACACAGGAUCCUCUAACCUAUGGGUGCCAUCUAAGAAAUGCAGCAUCAUGAACAUAGCAUGUUUGUUACAUAACAAAUAUAACAGCAAGACUUCAUCCACUUAUCAAGCGAAUGGGGAGAAGUUUGAGAUUCACUAUGGCUCUGGCAGUCUAUCUGGCUUCCUCUCGGCUGACACUGUCAAUAUUGGUGGUCUGGCCAUAACAAACCAGACAUUUGCUGAAGCGGUCAAUGAACCAGGAUUGACGUUUGUUGCGGCCAAGUUUGACGGCAUUCUGGGUCUGGCUUAUGACUCUAUCUCUGUGGACAAAGUAGUUCCUCCCUUUUACAACAUGGUUCAACAGAAACUCGUGGAUAAGGCAAUCUUCUCUUUCUACCUCAACAGAGAUCCCUCAGCUCCAGAAGGUGGAGAGAUUAUCUUUGGUGGGUCCGACCCAGCCAAGUACAGUGGUGACUUCACCUACCUCCCUGUAGACCAUCAACAAUACUGGCAGUUUCACAUGGACAAAAUCAUGGUGGGUGACGAGCCGUUCUGCAAGGAUGGGUGUGAGGCCAUCGCGGAUACUGGCACCAGUCUCAUUGCAGGCCCUGUGGCCGAUUGCACUGCCAUCAAUAAAGCUAUCGGAGCUACACCGAUUAUGGGUGGCGAGUAUGUGGUGGAUUGCAGUCUUAUCAAUAAACUUCCUACAAUCAACUUUGUCCUCGGUGGAAAAUCGUUUGCACUGAAUGGAACAGAUUAUAUUCUGAGAGUGAGCCAGUUCGGAAAGUCAAUCUGCCUGUCAGGGUUCAUGGGCAUUGACCUGCCGAAGGGACCCUUGUGGAUCCUCGGAGACGUGUUCAUCGGCAGAUACUACACAGAGUUUGAUAUGGAGAAUAACCGUGUUGGAUUCGCUGAUGCUAAAUAGUUCAUUAAUUGUUAGUUAUUAAUGUAGAAACCUUUUUGUUGAUGUGCCUAAUAUUUUAACCAUCUUUUUAUGUGAUACAACAUAACAGUUGUCAUUUUUGGUGCAGUGUGUGUUUCUAAUAAUACACUCAGAGGUGAAAUAUUUUUGUACACCAAACAUUCUAUAAGUUUUAUUUUUAUUAUUGAUCAAUGUAAUAUAUUUCUUUAAGGUUUUUUAUGAUUUAAUUUUGUUUAAAUUUUAAAACAUUAUUUAAAGAAAUUUAUAGUACGAAAAUCAAAUUUUUCGUACAUUUUUUGGAACAAUCAUUCAAUAAUUUUUACAUAAAACUGAAACAUUCACUAUUCAAUAUAAGCUAAAUUAGUUCCACUCAAGCAGUUUUUCCCCUAAUUAAGUGAAUUUAAUUUCUAAUGCCAGUUUCCAAAUAUUGAAGUAAUGCAAGAAAAAAUAAUUCCCUUGCAGUGUAUGACUAUUGUUUAGACUGAGAAAGUAUGUAUAGGUUAAUUAUGUACACUAGUAGUAAUAGUGUGAAUAAUAUGGACUUAAGUGUUAACUAAUACUGAGGCCAAAGGAACAUACAAUACAACUAGCAUUACCCUGUAGAAAAUAUAGUGUUAUUUUUGUAUUUUAGUAUGCAAUAAAAGGUAUCAAAUGUUUCGUUAUAUUGUGUUGAGAAAUAUAUUGCUACUCCAUAAAA